AGCAAGGACAUACCUGAAUGCCCAACCAACCACUGCUUUGAUUGCCACAUUACCUGGCUGAAUGUCAUUCAUGUGUACCUAGCACACCUUACACAAACCUCUAGGAUUACACAACCUGCUUGAUGCAAACAUAUUUUUGAGUCAGUCACCAGAUCAGAUUGAUGCCAUUAAAAAAUAUGCACAGCCCAGGCCCUUCAUUAUAUUGACUUCCCUUAUUUGAGACGAAGAUUAUCCAUAAUGGAAAAAGAACCAUUACCCCCUCCAUAUCCUGGACCACCAAUGGUCCAAAACAACAUUUCCUACCAGACACCGCAGAUUGCCUACCAGACCCAACCAGGUCCAGUGGCCACUGUAUACAAUCCACAGACAGUCAUGGGAUCCAACGUAACCCAAACAGUCCAGUCACCUGGCUUUGUUUACCCAGCUCCAGUUCCACAAGGGCCAGUCAUGUCUUCAUCCACCGUAACUCAGACAGUCCAGUCUUCAUCAAUGCCUGGCAUCGUUCCGAUGGCAGUUUAUAACCCACAGCCCACGGUCAUGUCGUCCACUGUCACUCAGACGGUCCAGUCUACUGCACCUGCCAUGACCACAGUGGUAGUUGUGCAACGACAACUGACUGACGUCCCGGGGCAGACGAAAUGUCCUCACUGCCAGCAUCAGGUCAUCACACAGACCGAGUAUGUCAAUGGCCUGUUGGUGUGGGCCAUCUGUGGAGGUCUCGGCAUUUUCGGGAUCUGGCCGUGUUGUCUGAUUCCGUUCUGUGUGGAUUCCUGCAAGGACGUACAACAUCGCUGCCCUGUCUGCAAAACCGUUUUGUACGUGCACAAACGCAUGUAGCUCCCGAAACAAAGAUGAAGGACCUAAUGAAAACUACAGCCAGCAUCUUCUGGACAUUACUGGGCUUCCUAAUUCACAGAAAAAAUAACAUCAUGAUAUAAAAAGACUUGUAUGGGUUUCUCUUUCCAGAUAGAUAGAUAGAUAGAUUUGUCAUAUUACAUUGUUUAUCUUAUAAUAUAUACUAUGAUAUUUCAAAUUGUAUUUAUAUAAUACCAGAGACAAAUAUUUUUUGCAUCCUUUUCUUUUGACUACAGCUAUUCAUGCUAAAGACUUUCAUGGCUUUGUGUGUUCCCUGAGAGCUAUGGUCCUGCAGAUUUCAGCUCCAGCCCCAAUCAAACACACCUGAAGCAGCUAAUGAGGUGUCCAGGGUGGCUUGAUGAUCGCAGACAGGUGUGCUGGAGCUGGGUUGGAACUGAGAUCUGCAGGACAGUCGCUCUUCGGGAGCAGGGUUGGAGAUCCCUGCUGUACGCAACAUUCUGUUAAUAACUCAGUUGUGACAUCAAGGAAAAAUAAAAUACUUUGUGAAAAAACUAGCCAAACCACUUUGACACAAGGAAUUCACCAUCACUGACGUAGCUUAGGUCUCAUGCUGGUAUCUGGUAUCUGGUAAGAGUUUAGAGCUGGAACAAUGCAUUGAAUUUAAUAAAAUAAUAUUGAGUCAAUCUUCA